CGCCCCAUCUGCCCGGACUACAAAACCGGCACCUGCCCGCGCGGGCCCCUCUGUCCGAACCGUCACUACAUCCCCCCCUCCGAGCGCUCCGGCAUCUCCAACCUCAUCUGCAAACACUACCAACGCGGCCUCUGCAAGAAGGGCGACGCGUGCGAGUUCGCGCAUACCUUCAACCUACGCGACGAACGGGAAUGCAAAGAGUUCAGUCGAUAUGGAAUUUGUCCGCAGGGGGAGGAUUGCACCUACCUUCAUAUCCCGCCCACGAGUCGAUUGCGAGACGCCGCGUGUCCCCAUUAUACCCGCGGUUUCUGCCCGCUGGGACCGUACUGUCGACUCCGUCACAUCAAACACCGCGUCCCCUGUCCCUAUUACCUGGCGGGAUUCUGUCCGAACGGCCGC